AUCUUCUAACAAUAUAUGGGUAUUUUUAUUGUUAAGUUUUAUUUUUUAGUGUAAAAUAUUGGUUAAUUAUGUGAAAAGUGUUGUACUUAUUUAUUGGAUUUUAGUAAAUUUUUGGUGUAGUUUUUGUUUAAAAAAAUGAGUUUAAAUCGAUCACGACAAUAUGAGUAUAGUAAUGGUGCUAGAUUCGAGCCGUCUGUGCAGUAUGGUGCAAUUAGGACCACAUACUAUCGCUCCAACAUGACGCAACGUGACGACGUACAUAAAUUUGAACAGGGCCGUAUUCGAGCCUUACAAGAAGAACGUUUACAUAUACAAAAGAAAACAUUCACAAAAUGGAUGAACUCGUUUCUUCAAAAGGCUCGAAUGGAAGUGGACGAUUUGUUCACCGAUUUGGCCGAUGGAAAGAAACUAUUAAAAUUACUUGAAAUAAUAUCCGGUGAAAAACUUGCCAAACCAAACAAUGGAAAAAUGCGAGUACAUAAAAUUGAAAAUGUCAAUAAAAGUUUAGCAUUUUUACACACAAAGGUUCGAUUAGAAAGUAUUGGUGCUGAGGAUAUUGUUGAUGGUAAUCCACGACUUAUAUUAGGUUUAAUAUGGACUAUUAUCUUAAGAUUUCAAAUUCAAGAAAUUGAAAUUGAUGUGGAUGAAGAAAAUGAAAGUUCAGAAAAGAAAUCAGCCAAAGAUGCAUUAUUAUUAUGGUGUCAACGUAAAACUAGCGGAUAUCCGGGUGUUAAUAUUAACGAUUUUACAACAUCAUGGCGUUCUGGUCUUGGUUUUAAUGCACUUAUACAUUCACAUCGUCCCGAUCUAUUUCCAUGGGAUCGAUUACAACCUGGAAGAAAUAUUGAAAAUCUUAAUCAUGCUUUCGACGUUGCAAAUUCUGAACUUGGUAUUCCACGACUGCUUGAUGCUGAAGAUGUUGACACAACACGACCUGAUGAAAAAUCAAUCCUUACGUAUGUUGCUUCAUAUUACCAUACGUUUGCCCGAAUGAAAAAUGAAAUGAAAAGUGGAAGACGUAUUGCCAAUAUUGUUGGACAAAUGAUGGACGCUGAUAAAAUGAAAUUAAUGUAUGAAAAAUUACUAACGACUUUAUUAGAGUGGAUACGAUUGAAAGUUAUUGAAUUAGAAGAUAGAAAAUUUCCAAAUUCAAUGGAAGGAAUUCAAGCGUUACUGUUUGCUUUUGGACAAUAUCGUACUGUUGAAAAACCGCCAAAGUACAAAGAACGAAGUGAAAUCGAAGCCCUUUAUUUUAACAUAAACACCCAAUUAAAAUGGCUACAACAAGGACCAUAUGUUCCACCCGAAGGAAAAUAUUUACACGAUUUAGAAAAAGCAUGGGAAUCAUUGGAACGUUCUGAACAUCGACGUGAGGUUGCAUUACGUAAAGAAUUAUUGCGACAAGAACGUUUAGAACAAUUAAAUUAUAAAUUCGAACGGAAAAGUGUAUUACGUGAAGGUUACUUAAAAGAAAUGAUACAAGUAUUAUCGGAUCCACGAUACGGAUCAAAUAUUGCACAAGUCGAUGCAACGGUUAAAAAACAUGAGGCUAUUAGUGCUGAUAUUUUAGCACGAGAGGAACGAUUUCAUGAUUUAACAAAUAUGUCUGAAGAAUUAGUACGUGAAAAUUAUCAUGGUACGGAACGUGUGAAAAAUCGUGAAGCUGAAGUUUUAGAACGAUGGAGUGAAUUAUUAGAAUUACUGGAUAAACAUAAAAAUAAUUUAACAUUACUGUGCACUUUAAUGUCAAUAUUACGAGAAAUUGAAACCACUAUGGGAACGAUUGAAGAAUUACAAUUGAAUUUUCAAUCUGGUGAUGUUGGCAACCAUUUACUUGCUGUAGAAGAUCUUCGGCAAGGGCAUUCAUUGCAAGAAUUACAAGUGGCUGCUGUUGGUGAAACAGUACGUCGCUUAACUCGACAAGCACAGCAACAUUCCAAUGUUGAACAACAUAAAGAUGCUCCUGUUCUUGAACAGAGUAUAGCAAAUCUUCAACAAGCUUAUGAAAAUUUAAUAUUAAGCAGCAAAAAACGACGAGAAUUAUUGGAUGAUGCACGAAAUUUUUAUCAAUUUAUUCAAGAUCAAGAGGAUGAAGAAGCUUGGUUAAUUGAAAAACAACGGAUAUGUAAAACAGGCAUUAGUGCGAAAGAUUUACGUGCUGUAUUAAGUUUACAACAAAAACAUAAAGUUUUACAAGAUGAAAUGAAUGCCAGAAAACCAAAAUCUGAUCAAUUGUGUGAAGCAGGCUUAAAACUUAUUGCGGAUAAACAUCCAAAAGCGACAGAUAUUCAACCAAAAAUUAAUAGUAUACAAGAAAAUUGGAAAAUUUUACAUGACUUAUCAGCAUUACGAAAAAAACAAUUAGAUGAUGCUGCAGUUGCUUAUCAAUUCUAUACCGAUGCGAAUGAAGCAGAUUCUUGGCUAAACGAGAAGAUGGCAUUAGUUACGUCCAAUGAUUAUGGCUUGGAUGAACCUAGUGCCCAGGCAUUACUGCAACGACAUCGAGAUUUACAAGGUGAAUUAAAUGCUUAUAGCGGAGAUAUACAAAGUUUAAAUAGUCAAGCUGAUAAACUAAUUAAAGCUGGAAUUUCAACAUUAGAGCUCACUGCUGGCCCCGAACCCGUACAAGAAGCCCAACGUGAAGAGUGGGUAAACGAAACACGUCUAGUCCCAACAGAAGUAUGGGAAGAAGAGCCAAUCGAAAAAAUUGAACAUCGAACUGUAUUAGAAGAACGUUCUGUCCCACAAAUUAAAGCAUUAUAUCCGUUCACCGGACAAGAUGGUAUGGUAAUGGCGAAAAACGAAGUCAUGUUCUUAUUAAAUAAAACCAACCCAGAUUGGUGGAGUGUACGAAAAGCAGAUGGUACUGAUGGUUUUGUACCCGCUAAUUACGUCCGUGAAAUUGAACCACGUAUAAUUCAAAUUCAAGUACGACGUCCAGAAAAAAUUAAAACUAUUCAACGAGUGAAAAAAGUUAAAAUGGUGAAACAAGUAAUCCCCGUUAAAAGAUCAAUAUCUGUGAAAAAACCAAUUCCACCACCGAAAAGAAAAUUCGAUGAUAAUGAUAAUGUUGAAAAACGUUUAAAGAAAAUUAAUUCGACAUAUGAUCAAUUACAAGAUUUAGCGGUAAAACGACAUGCAUUAUUAGAGGAUUCCAUUCGAUUAUUUGGGUUUUAUCGUGAAUGUGAUGACUUCGAAAAAUGGAUUAAAGAUAAAGAAAACUUUUUAAAGACCGAUGAUAGUAAAGAUAACGUAGAGACGGCUAAAAGGAAAUAUGAGAAAUUUGUUACGGAUUUGUCAGCUAGUAGUAAACGUAUUGAAGCGUUGGAUAAUGCAGUUGAACAAUUUGUUCAACAAGGUCACUCGCAAUUAGACAAAGUCAAAGCAAGACAUAGACAAAUUCAUCAAUUAUGGGAUCAUUUAAAUCGAUUAAAAGCCCAGAAAGAAAGAAGUCUUGAAGGUGCUUCAAGUGUGGAGUUAUUUAAUCGAACAUGUGAUGAAGCGACAGAUUGGAUGAGUGAAAAGAUGACACAGUUAGACACAGCAGAAUUGGGACCUGAUUUACGUACUGUUCAAGCUUUACAAAGAAGGCAUCAAAAUCUUGAACGAGAAUUAGCACCUGUAGAAGAAAAGGUUAAUCGAGUUAAUCUUUUAGCAAAUACAGUAAAAUCUUCAUAUCCUCAUGAACGAUCAAAUGUCAAUGCAAGACAAAAACAAAUUUUAGACUUGUGGGAACAAGUAAAACAAAAAGCAAUAGAACGUCGAUCUCGAUUAGAAAAUGCCGUUGGCCAACAAAUUUUCAUGAACGGUUCUAGAGGUUUAUUAAACUGGGUAUCCGAUGUUAAAGAACAACUAAACGCCGAUACAAGUGCACGAGACGUUGAAACCGCACAAAACUUAUUGAAAAAUCAUAAUGAAUUGGGUGAAGAUAUUAAAGCGCAUUCAGAUGAAUUCCGUGAAGUUACAAGUCUUGGUAAACAAUUAUUACAACGUAAUCCACAUUUAUCUGAAAUUGCUGAGCGUAUCGAACGAUUACAAGCUGAAAAUCAAGCUGUGAAACGUGGUUGGGCUGAAAAGAAUGAUUGGUUACAGCAAUGUUUGAAUUUGCAAUUAUUUAAUAGAGAAGCGGAUCAAAUUGAUGCUUCAACAUCAGGUCAUGAAGCAUUUUUAGAGUUCAAUAAACUGGGUAGUUCACUGGACGAAGUGGAAGCGUUAUUAAAACGGCAUGAUGAUUUUGAGAAUACACUAUUUGUACAAGAUGAAAGAAUCAAAUCGUUUAGAGAAAUGGCUGACAAAUUGAUUGCAGAUGAUCAUUAUGAUUCUAAAAAUAUCGAAGAUCGUAAAAAUCAAGUAAUCGCACGACGACAAGCUGUAAAAAAUAAUGCAUUAGCACGUCGUCAAGCUUUAUUAGCAUCAAGACAUUUUCAAGAAUUUUCAGCCGAGGUUGAUGAUUUAAAAGAUUGGUUAGUGGAUAAAUCAAAAACUGCUGCCGAUGAGAGUUAUCGCGAUUUAAGUAAUCUAGAAAGAAAAUUACAAAAACAUGAAGCAUUUGAACGUGAAUUAAGAGCUAAUGAAGGCCAAUUACGAAACGUCAACAAGACCGGCCAAUCUUUAAUAUCCCAAAAUAAUUAUCGAAAAUCUGAUGUAGGUCAAAUGUUAAGUGAUUUAAAUAAUCAAUGGGAGCAAUUAGUAUCCUUAUCUUUAGAUAAAGGUAGACGUUUAAGACAAGCUGCGGCUCAACAUGGCUAUAACAGAACAAUCGAUGAUGCACGAUUAAAAUUAGAAGAAAUUGAAAAAUGUUUACAAAGUCGACAAGUUGGACACGAUUUACGUAGUUGUAAAGAAUUAUUAAAAAAACACCAAGUCCUAGAAAACGAUAUAUCACAAUGGAAACAACGUGUUGAUGAUUUAGUUAAUGCUGGAGAAGAAAUGGCACAUGAAGGACAUUUUGAUUCAGCCAAUAUAAUUAAAGCAUCUAAAGUGUGUCAAGAUAAGUUUAAAUCACUUGAAGAACCAUGUUUGAGACGUCGUGAAGCGUUAGAAGAAUCUUUACGUUUCCAUAAAUUUGGUUUUGAAUUAGAUGCAGAAAUGCAAUGGAUUGGUGAUCAUUAUCCAUUAGCUAGUUCUGAUGUACUUGGACAAAAUUUAUAUCAAGCACAAUCGUUAUAUAAGAAACAUAAAAAAUUACAGGAAGAAAUUAAAGGACAUCAACCGAUGAUCGAAAAAACUCUUCAAUCGGGACAAGCGUUAAUUGAUCAACAUCACCCUGAAAAGCAAAAGAUUGAAUCAUUAUGCGCUGAAUUACAAGAUGCUUGGGAUGAUUUACAAGAAAAAGCAGAAGAUCGUGCGAAAAAAUUGAACUUAUCAUUAAAAGCACAAGAAUUCUUCUUUGAAGCAAGUGAAGUUGAAAGUUGGUUAAAUGAACGUAGUGACGUUCUAUCAAGUACAGAUUACGGACGAGACCGAGAUGCAGCCACCAAAUUAUUAACAAAACAUAAAGCAUUAGAACUUGAAUUAGAUACAUAUAAUGGUAUUGUGACGGAAAUGGGUCAUAAUGCUAAUGCAAUGGUUACUGCCAAACAUCCGGAUAGUAAAGCCAUUUUAACCAAACAUCAACUACUUGCCCAACAGCUACGAUCAUUGCAACGUAUUGCAACUGUGCGUCAACAGCGAUUAAUGGAAUCAAUGUAUCGGCAUGAAUAUUUCCUGGAGAGUGCGGAAUUAGAACAAUGGAUUAAAGAACAAGAAAUUUCUGCUGCCAGUGAGGAUUAUGGCCAAGAUUAUGAACAUUUAUUAGUAUUACAAGCUAAAUUUGAUGAUUUUAAACAUCGAAUUGAAGCUGGAUCCGAACGAUUUAAUCAAUGUGAAGAAUUAGCUCAAAAAUUGAUUGCAAAUGACAGUCCAUACUCUCAAGAUAUUGAACGUCGUCAAGAGCAACUUAGCUCGACAGAAGAGUCAGAUGCUGUUCAACAAGUAAUUGAAAGACAUGAGGGAAUACGGGAUGCUUGGAAACGUUUAUUGGGAUUAAUCAAACAUCGUAGUCAACGAUUGGAAGCUGCAGCUCAAAUUCAUCGCUAUCAUCGAGAUACCGCCGAAUUAUUAGCUCGUGUUCAACAAAAACUAGCCGAAUUAGGGACACAACCAGGAAGAGAUCUCCAUGCUGUUUUGGCUCUCUUGCGGCGUCAUGAAGUUUUUGAGAAUGAUUUAGUUGCCCUGGAUGCACAAUUACAAAUUUUAAUAGAAGAUGCCGCAAAAUUAGAAGAAAUGUAUCCAGCUAACGCGAAUACAGUAAUUCCACAAAGAGAUGCAGUACUAGUUGCAUGGGAAGAAUUACAGAAAAAGACUGCUGAAAGAAAAGAAAAAUUGGAAGCAAGUUGCGAUCUACAAAAAUUCUUAGCACAAGUUCGCGAUCUAAUGAAUUGGUCAUCGAACUUACGUGCCACUAUGUCUACUGAAGUCAAAGUACGUGAUGCAGCUGGAGCACAAAUUCUAAAAGCUGAACAUGAUGCUAUUAAAAAUGAAAUUGAGGCGCGUGAAGAUAAUUUCCAUGCUGUAAUUGAUUUAAGUGAAGCAAUGAUACAAACCGGACAUUAUGCUGCAUUAGAUGUCGAAGACAAACGUACACAACUUUUAGCUGAACGAGAUAAAUUAUAUGCAGCUUGGCGUCAUAAGCAAAUUUAUUUAGAUCAAUUAAUUGAUUUGCAUCUGUUCUUGCGAGAAGCAAAACAAAUUGACACGCUAUCUAGUACCCAAGAAGCUGCACUCAAUGGUACGAAUUUUGGCACCACUGUUGAUGAAGUAGAUGUAUUAGCCAAAAAACACGACGCAUUUGAAAAAUUAUUACAAGCUCAAGAUGAAAAAGUUAUAUCGCUAAAACAACGAGCUACAAAUCUCGUAAAUCAAGAUCAUUUCGAAAAAGAUUUAAUAUUAAAACGAUUAGAUGAAGUUAUAGCAAAACGUUUACAUGUGAAAAAGUUAAGUGCAUAUCGCCGUCAACAAUUAGAUGAUUCUUUACUUUAUGCUCAAUUUAUUCGCGAUGUGACCGAAGCCAAUUUAUGGAUUGAAGAAAAACAGAAAAAAUUAGAAGCCGAAGCGAAUAAAGGGGAAGUUAGUAAUUUAGAAGAUAAAAUUAAAAAAUUACAAAAACAUCAAGCAUUCCAAGCUGAGCUAAGUGCAAAUGAAGGAAGAAUCCAAGAAAUUACAAAUAAGGGAGACACUUUAAUUGAAAAGCGUCACCAUGCAUCAAAUGAAAUUAAACAACAAAUGAAUGACUUAUUAUCUAGAUGGCAUCAAUUAUUGGAAGAUUCUGAUAGCCAUGGACGAGGUUUAGAGGAAGCUCAAGAUAUUCUUGAGUUUAAUAAUCAAUUAGAUAAAAUCGAAGCUUGGAUUCGCGAUAAAGAGAUGAUGAUUCAAGCUAACGAUACUGGGCGUGAUUAUGAGCAUUGUAUGGCUUUACAACGCAAAUUGGAUGAUGUCGAUAGUGAUAUGCGAGUCGAUGAUCAACGAAUCAAGGCUAUAAAUAAUCUGGCUGAUAAAUUAAUCCGACAAGGACCAUCAGAAACUAAAACUGUUCAACAAAGACGGGAUAGUUUUAUUAAAAAAUGGAAAGCAUUACAAGGUGCUUUAUCGAGCUAUCGUGAAACGUUAGCUGGCGCUUUAGAAGUACAUUUAUUUAAUCGUGAUGUAAAUGAUACUGGUGCUAGAAUUUAUGAAAAAUCCGUUGCAUUAGCAACGAAUGAAACUGGACGUGAUUUAGCGGAUGUUGAAAUAUUACAAAGGAAACAAGAAACACUUGAACGUGACAUGACUGCAAUCGAAGGUAAAAUUAAAGAACAUGAUCAAGAUGCGAAAAAACUGUCAAAUAAAUAUCCUGGCAACAGUGAGGAAAUUAUAGAAAAACUCACAGCUGUUAAAAAUGAUUGGAAUAAUCUUCGUAAUGCAAGUCAAAAACGAACGGAAGCAUUAGCUGCCGCAUAUACUUUAGAAAAAUUCAAAACAGAACUUCGUGAUUUAGAAUCUUGGGUUGCAGAUACAAUUAAACGAAUGGAUGCCGCUGAUGCUCCAAAUACAAUUGCUGAUGCUGAAGCUGCCAUUGAAUUACAUUCAGAGCGAAAAGCAGAAAUUGAUGGACGUCAAGAUACAUUUAAAGCUUUACGUGAACAUGGAUUAUCGAUUGCUAAAAAUAAAGAAGUUGAUACGUCAGCAUCAUUAGAAAAGAUUGAAGAACUUCGUAAUAUGCUAAAUAACGCUUGGGAACAACGUAAAGUUAUGUUAACGCAAGCACAUCAGUUGCAAUUAUUUAAAGAUCAAGUAGAUCAAAUUGAUAGUUGGUUAGCAACAAAGGAAGCUUUCUUAAACAAUGACGAUCUUGGUGAUUCUUUAUCAAGUGUUGAAGCGUUGUUACGUAAACAUGAUGCCUUCGAAAAAAUGUUACAAUCACAAUUAAGUCGAGUAGAUGAAUUACAACGAUUCGCUGAAGAUAUAUUAAAUGAAAAUCAUUACGAUAGUGAUGCAAUUACAAAACGUUUACAAGGUGUAAUCGCCAGACGUAAUCGUUUACUUGAUUCAUCAAAUAAUCGAAAGAAAAAAUUAACAGAAUCCUUACAUUUCCAACAAUUUCUACGCAAUGUUUAUGAAGUAGAAAAUUGGCUAACACAAAAAUUACAAAUUGCAUCCGAUGAAAGUUAUCGCGAUCCAAGUAACUUACAAACGAAAAUCCAAAAACAUAUAACAUUCGAUGCUGAAUUGGUAGCAAAUCGUGGACGGAUUUCAUCAAUCAUUACCGAAGGAGAAGAAUUAAUAUCAGAAAAUCAUUUUGCAAGUGAUGAAAUUCAAAUGCAAAUUGAUGAAUUAGAAAAUGAAUGGCGCCAUCUUCAGGAACAAUCACAGUUAAAAAGUUCACGGCUAGAGGAUGCCUAUCAAGCUUUGUUAUUUACACGGCAGCUAGAUGAAUUCGAAUUAUGGAUGGAUGAAAUUGAAUCACAGCUAAAAUCGGAUGAUCAUGGAAAAGAUAUCGCAACAGUGACGAAUUUAUUAAAAAAACAUACUACACUAGAAAAUGAUGUGUUACAACACAAUGAAAAUUAUCAAAUUAUUAAAGAUACAAAUGCGGCCUUCCAAAAAAGUCAACAUUUUAUGUGGGAAGAGAUUGACGAGCGUGCACAACUUGCUAUCAAACGUUAUGCCGCAUUACAGAAUCCAAUGCAAGUACGACGUGAGCUCCUUGAAGAUUCACUAUUAUUCCAGCAAUUUUUGCGAGACGUAGAAGAAGAACAACAGUGGUUAGAUGAAAAAGAACCAUUGGUGAAAUCAAAUGAAUUGGGUACGAAUUUAAAUGCUGUACAAAGUUUACAAAAGAAACAUCAAGCGUUAGAGGCUGAAUUAGUUGUGCGAGAACCGAUUGUAACAAAUUUGGUGGCGCGAGCACAACAAAUGAUACGUGCUGGACAUUUUGCAUCAACACAAAUUGAUGAAAUUAGUAAUGAUUUAAAUAAUAAAUUAAUACAAUUACGUGAUAUUGCCAGUGUGAGGCGAUUAAGAUUAUUAGAUGCUGUUGAAAGUCAAAUGUUUUAUACCGAAGCAAAUGAGGCUGAUAUUUGGAUCACAGAAAAACGAGCAACAGUGUCAACAACUGAUUGUGGAAAAGAUGAAAAUUCUGUUCAACUUUUAUUAAAAAAAUUGGAUGGAUUUGAUCGAGAAUUAAGUACAUUUAAGUCAACCAUUGAAAAACUAUACGCUUUAUCAAAUGGUUUAAUUGAUCGCAGACAUUUUGAUAGUGAUAAUAUUGCAGCUAAACAGGAAAUUAUUGAACAAAAAUAUUCUGAAUUGCAACUAUUAAGCAAAAAACGCCGUGAACGUUUAAAUCAAGCAUUGGAAUUCUUUAAGUUUAUACGAGAAUCCGAUGAAGUACAAGAAUGGAUUGUGGAACAAACGAAAAUUGCUGAUUCAGAAGAUUAUGGUACUGAUGUAGAACACGUUGAAUUACUUAUACAAACAUUUGAUACGUUCCAUGCGAGACUUGUUGCAAGCGAAGGACGUGUUACAGUUAUACAAGAAAUUGGUAAUGCAUUAAUAGCUAAAAAAAAUCCUGAUUCGGAGAAAAUUAAAUUGAAAUUAGAUGAAACUCAACAAUUAUGGGAAGGAUUAAAAGAUUUAGCACAAGCUAGACAAGAAGCUUUGGCUGGUGCGAAACAAGUACAUGUAUUCGAUAGAACUGCUGAUGAAACAAUUUCAUGGAUUGCAGAAAAAGAAUCAAGUCUUGCGACUGAUGACUAUGGCCAUGAUUUAGAAAGUAUUCAAGCUUUAGGUCGAAGUCAUCAAGGUUUUGAAACUGAUUUGGCAGCUGUACGUAAGCAAGUUGAUGCUGUAGCCGAAGAAGCAACAAGAUUAGCUUACUUAUUCCCUGAUGCUAGAGAACAUGUUGAAGUGAAAAAUGAAGAAACAUUUGACGCUUGGAACGAUUUAUUAGACAAGGCAGCUCAACGAAAAGAUAAAUUAAAACAAGCUGAACAAUUACAAAGUUACUUCGAUGAGUAUCGUGAUCUAAUGGCGUGGAUAAAUGAAAUGGUAGCUAAAAUAACAUCUUCAGAGCUAGCACAAGAUGUUACUGGCGCUGAAGCAUUAAUUGCACGCCAUCUUGAACACAAAGCUGAAAUAGAAACACGCAAAGAUGCUUUUGCUAAAUUUUAUAAAGUUGGUGCCAAAUUAAUACAAGAUGGACAUUUUCUUGCAAAUGAAGUUGAAGAUAAAAUUUCAGUAUUAAAACAACGCAAAGAUUUAUUAGAUGAUACGUGGGAAAAACGACGUGUCAUAUAUGAUCAAAAUUUGGAUACACAGCUAUUUAAACGUGAAGCUGAAGCCUUAGAAAAUUGGAUACAAGCUAGAGAACCAAUGUUACAUGAUGGUAAAUUAGGUGAUACAAUUCCACAAGUGGAGGAACUUAUUCGUAAACAUGAAGAUUUUGAAAAGACUAUUGAAGCACAAGAAGAGAAAUUCAAUGCUAUUAAACGAAUUACUAUGUUGGAGCGAGCAUUCCAAAAACAACGUGAAAUUGAAUUUGCCGCAAAACAGGCUGAACGUGAACGUAUCGAAAAAGAACGUGUUGAAGCAAUUAAACGUAAAGAAAUGAAACGUAUUACAGAAGAACGUCGUCGUGAAGACGGCUUACAUCAUCAUGUAAACAUGAACGGCAAUUCUGGUAAUCAUUUGGAUGUUCCACCACCCACAGUAAAAGUAAUAAGUCAUCCUGAACCUGAGCAUACAUCACUUACCAAAUCAAAUUCAAUUGCGCAUAUGUUUGGCGAUCGUUUACGACGAGGUUCCGAUGCCAGUAUAAAACGUGCUGAAAGUAUGAAAAUCAAUGCAAAACCACCUAAACGAACCCCAUCGUUCACAACAAGACGCCGUACACAAAGCUUCCGUAAAGUUCAAGACACUGAUCCAAAUUCAUUGCCACCUUUAGAUAUUGAAGGAUUCUUAGAACGUAAACAUGAAUUAGCCAGUGGUGGGAAGAAAGCUAAUGUUCGAUCAUGGAAAAAUUUAUACACUGUUUUAUGUGGACAAUUGUUAUGUUUCUUUAAGAAUAAAGAUGAUUUUGUUAUGAGUAAGGCGGCUGCUUCACCUGUUGUCAUUAUGAAUGCUAAAUGUGAAAUUGCUGAUGAUUAUACGAAAAAGAAGCAUGCGUUUAGAUUAACUUGUACAGAUAAUUCAGAAUUCUUGUUUAUUGCUGCUAAUGAAAAAGAAAUGCAUGAAUGGAUUAAUAAAAUUACCUUCCAUGCAAAAUUGCCACCAAGUCAGCAAUUAUUAAGUUAUGAUGAAGGAAUUAAGACUCCAGAGUCAAUGCGAUCUCGUAGUCGAGCAUCCACUGACAAUACAUCAACAGCAUCAAGCCAAACUUCUAGUCCAGAUUCCCAACGUAGACUUUCUGUUGGUUCAUCUUCAACAAUUACAGAAGCAUCCACAGUUUCAUCAGUUGGUCCUCAAACGCAAUUUUUACAACAACAUCAGCAUCAUAUACGUCAACAUCAUGUACCUAUGUCUCCUACUGAUAAACCUCCAAUACCACCCAGAGGAGCUCCACCACCUGUACCUGUACGCGGAAGUGAAACAUUACCUGUUGUAAUGCGUAGAACAAAUAGUCAAGAUAAUACAGAUUCUGGUAGACCAGUUUCUUAUCAUUCAAUGGUUCGAGUUAAUAAUAAUAAUUCUCAACAAAAUGGUUCGACUCCGGUACAGGGUGAACAUUGGGGACGAUCAGUAAAUCCUGAAAAUCAGUACUUAGGUGAAAUUCCACCCCCUUUACCGGCUACUGAGCCACCAAUGAAGCUGGGUCUACCGCCAACAGGACGUUUAGAUGGAAAUUCAAAUAAUUCAUCGACAAUGAUACAUCAUCAAUGGCAACAGCAAGAUAGUUCCAAUUACAAUUCAAACAACGUUAUUGUAUUUCAGCCGCAGGCUUAUGGAUCAAAUUCACGAACAACAAAUUCAUUUGGAAGGCCCAUUUCUAUGCCACCAGUAUAUAUGGCAGGUAAUUCAAAUUCAACAACGGAUACAUUACGUCGUGGAUCUGAUGUAUCUGUAGAUGGUGAAGUGACACCUCGUAAAGAAAAAGAUAGAAAAAUAUUAGGUUUAUUUAGUCGAAAGAAAAGACACGCUUCUCAAACUUAAUAUCAUUCCAUUUUGAAUUAUGUAUUUUUAAUUUAAUCCUUAAGACAGUAUACGUCUCACGAAACAACACAUUGCGAUAGAAUCGACUCCAGUUAAUCGAGUUUUGCAAAUUUGCGAUUAAAAUCAAUUUAACUUGAAUCGAAUCUAAUCCGCAUGUGUGUGAGAUUUAAGGGUUAAAAGUGACAGCACACAAUAUUUUUUUUCUAAAUAGAGACAAACA